UAUAUACAAAUCUUAUAUAUAGAAUAACAUAGAGAGGAGAGAGACAGGGAUGUUGAAUACUUAAAUAAAGGCUAGGACAGGAUUUCCAUUUCCAAAUUCUCAUCAAUUCCUGCAAGUGACCUGAAUUGCUUGAAUGGAUUUUUCCAUACAUCUUCUCUGGCUCAGAUAAGAUCAGGAUAUACAUCAUCAUGAAGAGAAUUACAGAUGUUCAUCGCAAGAUCCUAUAUGUAAUUGCUGUCCAUCAAUACUAAGAUGCCACUAAGAUCAAGCAAAACAUAAAGAGAUCGAUGAAGAUAUCAAGUGAAGGUACCAGUCAAGCUUCUAAAGCAAGUUUAUCAUCUUCUAGCCAGAGCAAGAAGGAACGUGGUGACGAUGAGGAGGAGGAUGAGGAGGUGGUGGAUAAGGAUAGCCAGCAGCAGCCCAGCAGCAAGAAUGGUGUUAGCUCCAGUAGCAGCACCAUCGAAGAGAACGAAAAGUCGAACGGUGCUUCAGGUGGAUCUGUACGACAGUAUGUGCGUUCCAAGACUUCAAGGCUUCGAUGGACUCCUGAUCUCCAUCUUUGCUUUAUUCAUGCGGUUGAAAGAUUAGGAGGGCAAGAGAGAGCAACACCAAAAUUAGUUCUUCAAUCGAUGAAUGUCAAGGGUCUCAGCAUAGCUCAUGUCAAGAGCCAUCUUCAAAUGUAUAGGAGCAAGAAGAUGGAAGACCCAAAUCAAGUUCUCUCAGAGCAAGGCUUCUACAUUGAAGGUGGAGAUAAUCAUAUAUACAACCUUACUCAACUCUCCGUGCUACAAAGUUUCAACCACCAAUGGCCUUCUUCAGGAUUAAGUACUUGUUUUCCUUCAUUAUCAAGAUAUGGUGCUGAUGCCUCUUGGCGUGGCCGCCAUGACGACCACCACCACCAGAUUUAUAGCCCUUACAGUAAUACAGGCAAGACUCAACUAUUUGAUCAUCAUAAAACAAGAGUUACAGGACUUUAUGGUUCAGUUGCUGAGAGAAUAUUUGGAAGCAACAACACUAGUACUAGUACAACUACUACUACUGCUACUACACCGAACAAUAUUCAAUCACAUACAACUCAUAUUCCAUCCACUUGGAGAUCAAGGCAUCAAAUUAGUACUCGAGUCCACAACGAGUUCCGACCCUUCAACAGGCAGUCAUGGCAAGAUCACAGUUGGUUGGACAACAGUAUCGCCACUCGAAACACACUGAAAAGAAAGGCUCCGGAUUCUUCAGAUAAUACUUCUAAUUUGGAUUUGAACUUAUCACUGAAAGUUCCAGCAACAGAAGAAAAGGUACUGGGAUUUGGUCUGUCUCUUUCUCUUUCUCCAGCUUCAGCGUCCUCGAAGCUCGGCUUGAUGAAGAAGCUAGAAGGUAAUGGUGGUCAUGAUAGGGAGCAUGGGAGAAAGGCAAGUACUCUGGACCUCACUCUAUGAAUAUUAAGAGACAAAAUGAUAUAUAUUCUAAGUGAGAUCUUGAGGUACUUGUCGAUUCAAUCAGACCAAAAUGCUAGCUAUUCAACUUGACCAUUGUCAUAUUCUACAGCAUAUAAAGGUAAUCAUCACCACUACUUGGAUGUGUUAAUUAGUUAAUUAAUUUCCUUUUGUUGUAUAUGUAUUAAUAUCUUGUAUCUAUAUAUGAUAUAUAUAGCUAGCAAGAAUCAAAUUAAUCAAUGGUGAAUAUCGAGGUACAAAGAGACGAAUAUGUUUUAGCAUUACCAAAUAUGCAGACUGCAUUGUUCUAAGCGUUUUAGGCUCCUUAAUUAUAUAUCUUGGUGAUAUUCUUGUUUGCCUUAGCAUAUAGGCCAAUAAAAUAGAAAAUCGAUCACUUCAACCCC